UUGGGGUGGGGCGGAGCCGCAAACCCUAGGCGGCCAGCUGGACAGACUGGCGGUGAAGCGAUUGACAGGCGCCAGGGCAGCUCUCGGACUCCAGCAGAGUUGGCGGCGCGCGUGGACGCGGCUGCGGCAACGCGGAGAGCGGAGGCGCCGGGAUGUGGAGCGGCUCAUCCCAACAAGACGAGGGCCUUCCUGUGGGCCUCUCUGCUGUUUCUGUUCCCUGGAAAAACCUGGGCCCCAGCAAAGGUAACAGGGAGACCCCAGGAGACCUAGAAGAAGCCUCUGCUUCCCGAGAGGAGACCCGAGGUGAGGAACACUCAGCCGCCACUCCACUGGACGUGUCACGCCUGCGCAGCUCCUCCAUGGAGAUCCGAGAGAAAGGUUCAGAGUUCCUGAAGGAGGAGCUAUACAAAGCCCAGAAGGAGCUGAACCUGAAGGACGAGGAGUGUGAACGGCUCCGCAAAGUACGCGCGCAGCUGGAGCAGGAGCUGGAGGAGCUGACCGCCAGCCUGUUUGAGGAAGCUCACAAGAUGGUACGGGAAGCCAACAUGAAGCAGGCAGCAUCAGAAAAGCAGUUGAAGGAGGCUUGGGGCAAGAUCGACAUGCUUCAGGCAGAGGUGACAGCCUUGAAGACACUGGUCAUCACAUCCACGCCAGCAUCUCCCAACCGUGAGCUCCACCCACAGCUGCUGAGCCCCACCAAGGCCGGGCCCCGAAAAGGCCACUCACGCCAUAAGAGCACCAGCAAUUCCCUCUGCCCUGUCGUGUGUCCCACUGCAGGGCGUAUCCCCACCCCAGACAAAGAAGGCAAGGAGCCUGGGCUGCCCCCUCUACUCUCCCUGCUCCUGUGCGUGAUCCCCAGCAAGGCCAUCCACCUCACCUACGAGCCGACCUGGCAGCUCCCAUCUGGGGGGCCGCCCACGACCCCCAACUCCGUUACCUCUCUCUCCUUUUCCCGACAGGUGGAUACAACCCUGUUUGCAGAGUUCCAGGCUUGGAAGACAUCACCUACCCUGGAUAAGAACUGCCCCUUCCUGGAAAGGGUGUACCGGGAGGACGUGGGCCCCUGCCUUGACUUCACAGUGCAGGAGCUCUCAGCUCUGGUGCGGGCUGCCGUGGAGGACAACACACUCACCAUUGAGCCCGUGGUGUCACAGACUCUGCCUACUGUGAAGGUGCCCACUGUUGACUGUAACAGCACCAACACGUGUGCCCUGAGUGGACUGGCCCGUACCUGCCACCAUCGAAUCCGCCUUGGGGACUCUGAGAGUCACUAUUAUAUCUCACCAUCAUCCCGGGCCAGGAUCACUGCUGUGUGCAACUUCUUUACCUACAUUCGCUAUAUCCAGCAAGGCCUGGUUCGGCAGGAUGCUGAGCCGAUGUUUUGGGAAAUCAUGAGGCUGAGGAAGGGGAUGUCGCUAGCCAAGCUUGGCUUCUUCCCCCAGGAGGCCUAGGGCAUGGCCCCAGACCUGAAGUAGGCUCCGAGCUAGAGCAAACAGUUGCCUUGGGACGGACAAACAAGAAAGCCAGCUCUAAGGCAGAAGUUGAACUACAGAUAAACAGCUGGGCUCUAGAGACAGUACUGAGCCGAUACCACCCAUCCCGCCUGGGACAGACAGAAGGACAGCCUGGCCUGGACUUCAUGAGAUGACCCUCUUGCCCACUGGGCUCUGUAGCCUCCAAGGGAAUCUCAAGAAAGCACCAAAGACCAAGGAGCUCAGAGCCAUUGUGAGGAGCCGCUCAGCCUUAGGGAGGGGAUCCUUGAGCUGCUCCCUCCACAAUUCCCUGCUGCUUACCAAUCCUGUUCUAGGGGGCUGGAUCUCCAGGGUACGCAUUACCAGAGCCUCUAAGCCUUGGAUCACCAGCACCCCCUUGUGGCCAUCUCUCACUCUG